GCGUUUCAUAUCGUUCCGCGGAGAAAUACUGCACAAAAACAAUAAACACAUUUUAAUGUUGUUACGAAAAUAUUUGAUGAAAAUUGUUGUGGAUCUUAUUUUAUAAGCUAUAAUUGUGGGUUCGUCCAAUACUGGCGAGGAAGCUAAAUAAACUUUGGAACUAGUUUCACUAGAGCGCGUUUUCCCGGUAUGUGCGUUCGUUGGUUAGUGAGACAUGUCAUGUCAGAUUUUGCCGUUUUUCACAAAAAUUGCCAACUAGGAUGGCAUCUACACAGUUUGUCCCAGCACUGUGUGCGUGGUUGAUGCUGUUGUCGGUGUCUGGGCUAUACUACGCCUUUCCGGGCUGGUACCUGCUGAAGAAGGUGCAUUUUGCCAUCCUCAUCGGACAGGGAGCACUCAACUUCUUUGUGAUCAUGUGCUUUGCGAUCGCCACGUUCAUGGAUCCGGGAGUGAUCCCGAAAGCGGAGAAUGAGGAUAAGGACGAUGACUUUCGCGCGCCGCUCUACAAGAACGUGGAGAUCAACGGCAUCACGGUGCGCAUGAAGUGGUGCACGACGUGUCAGUUCUACCGGCCGCCGCGCUGCUCUCACUGCAGCGUCUGUAACACCUGCAUAGAGCGCAGGGACACAAACUUACGCCGCAUUCGUCCGAGCAGUGAGCGUCGCCGCAAAGCCCCGCUACAGAGUGCACAAUACUGGCGCUGCAGAGUUGACACUAGCGCCACCUACCCCCCGAUGUGA